CGGCUCAUCGCAUAUCGCGCCGUGAACUUUUCUCGCUCGUGUUUGGGGGGAGAGAGAGAGAGAGAGAGAGAGCGAGAGAGGGAGGGAGCGCACCUGCGGGGCGAUGGCACCGAACUGGCUGCUCCGGCUCGCUCUCCUGUUACUCUGUACAGCGACCUCCCCAGCAGCUGAUGCUGAGGAGAGGCUGGUGGAAUUUCUCCUGGGUCCUGAGCGCUAUAAUAAACUGAUCAGACCAGCAGUCAACAAAAGCCAGCAAGUCACCAUUGGAAUCAAAGUAUCCCUGGCUCAGCUCAUCAGUGUGAACGAGAGAGAGCAGAUCAUGACGACAAAUGUGUGGCUGACUCAGGAGUGGAACGACUACAGGCUGGUGUGGGACGCGGAUGACUACGACGGCAUCACAAAGCUCAGGAUCCCCUCCCACCACAUCUGGCUUCCUGAUAUCGUGCUCUAUAACAAUGCGGACGGAGUGUACGAGGUCUCAUUCUACAGCAACGCCAUCGUCUCCCACACCGGCGCCAUCUUCUGGCUCCCGCCGGCCAUAUACCGGAGCGCGUGCGCCAUCGAGGUUCGUCACUUCCCCUUUGACCAGCAGAACUGCACACUGAAGUUCCGCUCGUGGACGUACGACCGCACCGAGCUCGACCUGGCGCUCAUCUCCGCCUUCGCCAGCCUGGACGACUACACGCCCAGCGGCGAGUGGGACGUGGUCACCCUGCCGGGCCGCAAGAACGAGGACCCCGCCGACGCCACCUACGUGGAUGUGACGUACGACUUCGUGCUGCGCCGCAAGCCGCUCUUCUACACCAUCAACCUGAUCGUGCCCUGCAUGCUCAUCACCUCGCUGGCCGUGUUGGUGUUCUACCUGCCGUCGGACUGCGGCGAGAAGAUAACGCUGUGUAUCUCCGUGCUGCUCUCGCUCACCGUCUUCCUGCUCCUCAUCUCCAAGAUCGUGCCCCCGACCUCGUUGGCCGUGCCGCUCAUCGGCAAGUACCUGAUGUUCACCAUGGUGCUGGUGACCUUCUCCAUCGUGGCGAGCGUGUGCGUGCUCAACAUGCACCACCGCUCGCCCUCCACCCACCGCAUGCCCGAGUGGGUGCGCCACAUCUUUCUGCACCGCCUGCCCGUCUGCCUGCUCAUGCGCCGCCCCGGCGACGCCCGGCGACGCCACCCGCCCGACGCCGACCCCUUCCGGGGGAGGAGCGAGCUGCCCCAGGGCGCCGAACUCAGACGGAAGGCGAGGGGCCCGCGCGACCCAGAAGUGGACGAGGCCAUAGAAGGUGUGCGGUUCAUCGCCGAGCACAUGAGGGCCGAGGACGCCGAUGAAGGGAUCAUCGAGGACUGGAAGUAUGUAGCCAUGGUUAUUGACCGUCUGUUCCUGUGGGUCUUCAUCCUGGUGUGUGUCUCUGGUACUCUUGGUCUCUUCAUCCAGCCGCUGUUCCAGAGCUACAACGCCCCCAAAACGACAGACGACACCGGCCAUUUCUGAAUGAAAACUGCAUCCACACGAGAAGACUUUUAACCACAUAUCUGUAGUCAGAAGGCCAAGAAUGUUAAAAUCCAGAGACUCAAGACACGCUGAUGGUAAUAGAUAAUUCAUUUCAAAUAUGCAAAUGUAAUUUAUGUUUAGCAACUUCUGAGUUCUUCUUUUACCGAUAUGCACCGUAUUUGGAUUAAGCCGUAUGAUAUGCAACUUACAGAUUGUCAGUACCUAAUUGGUAAUUAUGCACUGUGAAAACAAACCAUGUCUAGAAACAGUUUAAAGUGGGUAAAAAAAACAACUGGUGUAGUUAGUAGCAAAGGAUUUCUGAAUAUUCAUGAUUUGCCAUUCAAGAAUAUUUAACAAACUCCUGAGCACGUAUGCAAAGCAGUCAGUUGCUUUUUGUCUGAACUCUCACCACCUCACCUCAAACUGGUUUUAUAUAUUUGCCACGGAAGGAAGAUUGGUGCUCUUCCUAAAUGUAACAGUCCAAUGCUGUAACGGUCUAAUGCUGUAACGGUCUAAUGCUGUAACGGUCUCAUGCUGUAACGGUCUCAUGCUGUAACGGUCUCAUGAUGUUGACGGUGACCUGCAGGCCUGAUCAUGGCAGGUGUCCGUUGUCAUUUGUUUCUGUGUUAACUUCCACUCGAGUAUUUUCUGUGUCCCAGAAUCCAUUUAAACGAUGUGUUUGCAUGUCCAAAUAAGCAUGGCACUGUUCUUGGAGCUUUCUCUAGAGUUUUACCUGUAAUUUUGCUACACGUCACAUACGCCUGCCUUAAAAGGGCGAAAGAUGCCAUGAAAGCAUUUGAUCGCUACAGUGUAAUGGUUCCAAAUAAACGGGGUGAAACGGGGCAGUGAUUCUCGUAAUCAGAAGGUUGCCAGUUCAUCCCC